AUGAAUAUGCAAAUUGAGCCCGAUUUUGCAACAAUAUAUCACCAACCAGGUGAUGAUAUUGAAGGAUACAAUGGAUACCAUGGUAUUAUGAAAACUCAGGCAAAAUAUCCAAAAAAUGCAUUUAAUUGGGGCUUAAUUCAAGAUUUUGAUCCAGUAGAAGUACGCACAUCUAAAAGUUCUCGACAUUGUAAUGAGAUUGUUGAAGCUUUUUGCCAAUCAACUUUCUCCGUUCCAGAUAUGAAAAUUAUUCAAAACCCGUUAGUAUUCAAAUUACUCGAAUUACUUCAAUCAUGCAUCAUAAGAAUUACAGAAAAGGAUCAAAAAUUACAAAAACUAGUAAAACAAUAUAAACAACAUACAGAUUCGCUUCAACUCGAGAUAAAAAAGCAAAAACAGAAAGCAAAAACAUACAAGCAAGUAGUAUCUAAAUGUAAAACUGCACAAAGAUGUCCGACAUGCCAUAAGUUAUUCGAUUCUCAGUUAAAUUUAGAUCGACAUAUCAAUGAUUCUCAUCAUAAAUUAUAUCCUUAUUGGUAUGCAUUACGCCAAAACAAUUCUAAAGGCAUUAAAGACCCUGAUGUCGAAAUGCAGAAGGAAAUUGAUCAAAUGAGAAGGACAAUUCGUGCUCAAAAUGACAUGAUUCUCGAAAAUCAGAAGCAAACCGAAAAAUUAAAGCACAAGAAACCAGAAAUAGAAUAUGUUCCAUACGUUCUUCCUUUCGAAAUCGAUCCUUUCCAUGCAGAACCUAUUCCACAUGAAAAAGAAAAUAUUCCAACUGAACCACCAAAAGUUGUCACUGAGUCUCCUAAGAAAGUUGAUCAUCAGAAGGAAUUAUCGAAGAAACAAUCCAAGGAACUUGCUAAUGAAUACUUAACGCGUAGAGAUACUGCAUCUAAGAGAAUUGAAACAGGAAUGAAAGAAAUUUCUAAGAAUAUUCAAAAGAGAAUACAUCAGCAUAGCCAGAUAAUGAAGAUGCAUGCUGAAAAGCAAGAAAAGGAAGCUCUAAGAACCUACAUCGAAGAAACAAAUCUCGGAUUGCAACACCGCAAUAUGAGUUAUCUUAGAUUGCUACCAAGUAGAGCAUCACAGGCUGUUGUUCCAUUGAAUGCAGAAUCUUCACAGGCUUCUUACACUUCAGUUACUUUUAUUCAAGAUUCAGAUAUUCAACAAGAGGAAGAAGAAACAAAAUCCAAGAAGUCAAAGAAGUCUUCAUCAUCUUCAUCGUCAAGUUCUUCCUCUUCUUCAAGUUCUUCAUCCAAAUCAAAGAGUUCUUCCAAAGAUAAAAAACAAAAUGAAUCAAAUCCUGAAGAUGAUGACUUUGCAGAAUUCUUACUUGAUGAAGAAAUUGCUCAGGCAGAGAAAUUAAACAAUGAACUUGCGCCAAUUCCUGAAGCACAAGAAGACCAAAAAGAUGAACAUAUUAGUAGUGACUCAAUUCCAGUUAAAGCACAAAAAACUGUUAAAAUUGAGCAACCUACACCAAACAGAGCUUCUCAGCGUGUUGAAAUCACAAAUGAUGAACUUGAUGCACUCAUGGCAACAGAUUCAAAAUAG